AUGAUGGAGACGGACGAUCUCAUGAUAGCCGAGUCGUCAUCGUCACUGCACUUGACGGAGAGCAGCGACGAAGAGGAGCCAGCACCAGAACUUUCCAAGCUUAGUGCCUCUGGUUCCGUAUCAGAUGAUGAUGAAUCGUCUGAUAAACCUCAAUCUGCUUCAGAAGACGGAGAAUCUACUUCAACAACAGCAGCAGAAAAGUCGCAGUCCAACGACACUCCAAUCUCUAAUGUAGGCUCUGAACCUGUUGUUUCUGAGAUUUCAAAGGAAGAAGAAGGAAAUGAAGACGAUGAUUUAUCCUCUCAAGUUGAAUCUUCAGAGGAUGAGACUUAUGAUGAAGCAGCAGCAGCUGCUGAAGAAGUUUCCAGUGAAACAAGCAAAAAUGAUGAAUCAUCACCACUGGAAAUCCUGAAUUCGGAACAACAAGGAGACGGUUCACUGUACAUUGAAGUCAAGGAUGAUGGCUGUGGUGAUCCUGAAGAGGCCCCUGGGGCCAAGAUUCAACGAUUGGCUCGCAAGGCAGGUAUCAUUGUGGGAGGUGGCACCAUGACUGCUGUUGGAACCGUCAUGCUCUUUCUUCCAUGCCCAACGCCCAGUAUUUACUUGAUGAUUGGAGGCAUGGCAAUCAUGUCCAAGGAGGUUCCCGCGGCACAGCGUCAACUCGAUAUCACACGAGGAAACUUGACCUCGUGGGUGGACCGUGCCGAAAAAGAAUUUUCGCAAGGGGGUCGAACGAUUAACAUUGUGGUGGACAAUGGAACUCCGAAAAACAAAGAAGGUACGGAAGAAGGAAAGGAGCAGGAUUUCAAAGAAAAAGAAACUCCCGAGGCCAUUACUUCCACUCAGGUGGUACAUCAACCUCGUAACCCUGUCAAGAAACACUUUGUCAAGUCUUGCCGCAAUGUGAUCCUACCUCUAUUGAGCAAGGUCUGUACUCCGCAGGACGAGAUGGACCAAAACAACGCUGAGGAAGCCAAAGAAGAAGGUGUUCCGGAAGCGAGCCCAGCAGUGGAAGCCAUUCCCGAACCGAAAACUCCAAGCAACGGACACUCUGUGGAGGGCAAGGAGAAUGCAGAACCAUGGGACGGUCCAUUUGCUCGCUGGUCCAAGUACCGCGAAACUCGAAGGCUAGAACUAAUGAAAGCUGAAGAGCAAAGGGAACGGGAAGCUAUGUUGGCUCGAAUCAACGAGGCAAACCUGAAGAAACUUCAGGAAGAAUUCGAGUCCAGCGGACAGGAUGUAGUUCAGGAAGUUGCCACAGACGAAGAGGAGGAGGAAGAAGAAGAAGAUGAUGAGGGCAUUCCUGCUCCUCCAGCUUUGAUGGAAGUCCAAACGAAUUCUUCAGUGGUCCUCCGAGUCUAA